AUGACUGAAAGUAAUAAUAUUGAAUUAGUGUUAAAGCAACAGAAUGUGAUUGAUUCAUAUUCAGAAUGUCCAAUUAUCACUUAUGAGAUUGCGAAAAAAUUGGGUUUCGAAAAAGAUAAAAGUUUACCCAUUACCGAUAAAGUGGUAUUUGAUAUUGUUAAGCAAGUAUUAGAUAAAAAAAUCCAGAUUUCUCUCUGCCAAUUACUGGAGAUAGUGAAACCCGAGAUUCAGCAGGAUAUUAUAAACUUGAUAGCAAACCCAGAUAUUUCUCAGAGAAAUUGUACACUAUCUGAGGCUAAAAGAAAAAAAACAAUUUUUAACGAUACCGCAUCUGAGUCCUCGUCUGAAUCUUCAUCCCCAUCUGAGUCUGGGUCCAACUCUAAAUGGGAUAAAAGCAAUUA